AUGGGGCUCUUCGAGCGGCGGUCCUCAAAGGCAGGCCUGGAGGAAACCGACCAGUCGACUCAUGAUUCUUCACAUCGCCCGCCAUCCCACCAUGCCUCCUCUUCCCUAGCCCACCCUUCCAACACCUCCACUUCGACCAAGACGUCCUCGAGCUCUUUGCAGGCUUUGCAUGAAGAUGCUGUGACCGACGCCCGUUCCGAUCCCAGCGCCGCCUCCCGCACUUCUCUUGGGCGAACGCUUUCUCAGCAUUCCGAACGCCCGGCUGAACCUCUCGCCACGACCACCCAGCCUAGCAAGAAGAAAACAGACGACUAUCCCGUCUACCCGAAUCAGUCCUAUGCCUCCCUACAGUCGCAGGUACACCCAACUCGCUCUCUCCGCUCUCGAAGUUCCUAUCCUUCCCACACAGAUCAUACCAGGAAUUCGCAACCCCAAGGCUCGCGUACGGCAGGAAACACCCCUGUAUCGAGUCCUGGCCUAUUCACCCCACGUCGGUCCACCCCUUCUGUCGGCUCCGAUGAGGACGGCCGCGUGGGCAGUCUGUACCUGCAUCCUACCCAUCUCCAACCACCCAAAGAGACCCAUACUGCUGAGGUCGAUUGGGAUGAGCAUACCGGCAACAAGCUCAUUAAUGACUAUGAGGUUCUGGAAGAGCUCGGUCGUGGAGAGCACGGGAAAGUAAAAUUGGGCCGCCACUUACCCACCCAGCAACAGGUUGCGAUCAAGAUCGUCCAGCGCUAUUCAAAGCGGCGUCGCUUGGGUAAACUGGGCAACCCGGAAGACAAGGUCAAAAAAGAAGUAGCCAUCCUGAAGAAGGCGCGGCACCCCAACGUAGUCAGUCUGCUGGAGGUCAUCGAUGACCCGAAUCGUCAGAAGGUUUAUAUCGUGCUGGAGUAUGUCGAAAAUGGCGAGAUCAAGUGGAGAAAGAAGGGCUUGAAGGAGAUCGUUCAAGUGGACAAGCGCCGCAUAGAGCGGGAGAAGAAGGGCAUCCCGGAUUCGCCAUCGUUCAUGGAAGAGAGUCUGCAAUAUGUCAAGAACGCUCAGCAUCAACGACGGCUCAGAGAAAAGGCUCGGGAAAAGCGCCAGGCGCAACUACAAGCCCAGCAACAGAACUCGAUUCCUGCGUGGAGUUUGGAGCACGGCGGGCAGUCGGAUGAUGAACUUGGGCCAGAGCUGUCACCGACUCAGACCGCCAGUCGCAACGCCGGCUAUCAGGAGAACCACGACGCGUACUCCUCCCUCAGCCAGUCCUACAACAGUUCCACCUCCGAGUCCGAGCGUCGCAUGCAGGAAUCGAGUCUGGCAGCCAUCGAGGGCAGCAUGUACGGCCCUUACGCGGACUACUCGUUCGAACGGCGGUUCAGCACUGCUUCGAGCAUCCUUGGCUAUGCAUCGUCCGAGCCGGACUGGUUAUCGGACGACGAUGACAUGUCCUAUGUUCCGUGUCUGACGAUCGCGGAAGCCCGCAGCGCUUUCCGGGAUGCCGUCCUAGGAUUGGAGUACCUGCACUAUCAAGGCAUCAUUCAUCGCGACAUCAAGCCCGCCAAUCUGCUGGUGACCUCAGACUAUCGGGUCAAAAUCUCCGACUUCGGCGUAUCCUACCUGGGGCGGCCGAUCCGGGAUGACGACGAAGAACAGGUGACCGAAACCGACGCCACCGAGCUGGACGACGCCCGCGGAGAGCUGUCCAAGACCGUUGGCACGCCUGCUUUUUAUCCCCCGGAACUCUGCUACGUCGGCGAUGAUUUCACGGACGCUCAGGGCCGACCAAAGAUCACGGCGGCGAUCGAUAUCUGGUCUCUGGGAGUGACUCUCUACGGUAUGAUUUUCGGGCGGCUACCAUUCGUCUCCGACGACGAGUACAGCCUGUUCCAAACGAUCGGGAAGAAAGAAGUCUUUAUCCCGAGCAAGCGUCUCAAACCGGUCGAGCCUGACGCGCCUCCUUCCUACUCCCCGGAGCGGCGAAAUUACGUCAUGAACAGCAACAAGCGGAUGGACGAUGAACUCGCGUACGAAGACAUUGACGAUACGUUACGGGACCUCCUGCAGCGGCUAUUGACCAAGGAUCCUAGCAAGCGCAUCACGAUCAAGGGGAUCAAAAGUCACCCAUGGGUCCUCCAGGGCCUGCCAAAUCCGAAGGCCUGGAUCGAAGAAACCGACCCAGGCUACCAGAGCAAGGGCAAGCGGAUCGAAGUUUCCAACGAAGAAGUGACGACGGCUGUCAGCAAGGUGCCCUUCAUCGAGCGCGUCCGGUCGAACGUGGCCAAAUGGGGCGGCUACAUCGUCGGUCGAAGAGAUAGCCGCAGGCGAACGCCGAGCACUGCUGGAUCCGCCGAUCCUGCCGCCCCCUCGACUAGGGAAAGUCGACGAGCCAGCUUGCGGGGAGACGAAGACGUGACCCGGUCAACCAAGGCCGAUCAUCCUCUCUCGCAGAGCAUCACGGCCAGUGCCGCCGACGACGCCUCGGAUGGCGGGUCAUAUUGCGAUGCGGGCGCGAGCAGGGGCGAGGCGACGGCCGCGACUCCCACCGCCACGCGUCCUCACCCUCCCGAGCGCGUCCCGUCCACUGCGGACUCUACGAAAACGGUAAGACCAUUCACCUCCGAAGCACCCCCAUCGAUGCAUCAUCAUUCCCGUGCCAGUACGCUGGUCGAUACCCUGGGCUCGCCCAGCUUUGGUAGUCUCUUCAGUGGCGCUGGCCGUCGGCUGGCAAAAGGAUUCCAAAGUGGCGAACGGCGCGCGGAACGCUCUCGUUCCGUGGAUGCAGCUUCCGUCGAUGGGGACGCCCGCUCCGAGCCGAGUCUCGCGCUGAGUGUGGCAUCCGCCACGGGCCAAGUCCAGUCCCAUCAUGGCCCUUGGAGGGAUGUGGGAUCUUCUCAAGCGGGACCGGGUUCUUCCGGUGGAUCAGGACAUCGUCGCCAUCGAUCUUGGCAACUUGCGCGCGACUCGUCUGCCGAAUCCUUCCAACUCGCCAAAGAAGUGUUGCUGCGUCAGACCAAGCAUGAACAGGAGCCUGUUGCUGAUGAUGACCACCAAACAUCCAGGGUAGAAAACGAGACGUCUUCAAGCGGCUAUCCUCCAUUCGAACAUGAAGCAGCGCCUGCCCCCCAUGAGGAUGUAGAAUGGGAAUCGAGCGAUAGGGGUCUUUAUGGAUCAUCAUGCCACAACAGUCCCACCGGAGGCAGUGUCAUCACCUCUCCUCCAUCCGCGGCGACCAUUUCCUCUUCGUCGGUCGAUGACUCUUCCACCACCAGCGGAAUGUCCCAGAGCGCUUCCCAUCCCAGCAUCCCCUCGGUCCUCUCGGGUGCAACCUCCCUCUCGGGCGACGGAUUCCAGGUCUACCUGAAAGAACGGGAGAAGGAAUUGGAGCAACCUUCCUAUGUUCCCCCAAUUCUUCGCACCGGAGACACCAUUACGGCCAGGAAUUUCCCCUCUCACCGCGUGGAGGAAGAUGAAGAAGAAUAUCGGUACUAUUGCGACGAUGAGGAUGGCGAAUCUGACGACGAAGGGAUUGUCUUUGGUCGGAAGAAACCGUCCGCGCCUUGCGGCCAAGGCGCGACGACUUGA